UCUUAUUGACAGUACUUGGUAAUCUUCUCUCAAUUCCUCACAAUAAGUCACAGAAAUGCAUGGUUUGACUAUAUGGACAACAGCAGUAUUUAUUAUUGGGGAUAUAGCAGGCGGAGGGGUAUUGGCUUUGCCAAGGGCUGUGGAAGAUACAGGAUGGAUUGGGUUUGUUUUGAUAGUUGUUUUCACAUUGCUGUCUACAUACACUGCUGCAUUGAUAGGAAAGUGCUGGGUAAUAAUACAGGAGAGAUAUCCAGAAUACCAAUCACAUGUUCCAGAUCCUUAUCCAAUCAUGGGCGAGAAAACGUAUGGGAAGACUGGCAGACAUUUAGUUACGUUAACGAUGAACAUUUACAACUUUGGAAGUUCUGUUGUUUACAUGGUAUUAGCGGCGGGUAACAUUGAGACUUUGCUAAAUGACGUCACCAAGGAUAUAUCGUUUUGUUAUUGGUUGAUGAUACUGACGUUCAUUCUUGUUCCAAUCAUAUGUCUGGGUACACCAAAAGACUUCUGGCCGAUUGGAGUCGGAGCAACAUUUUCGACAGCCAUAGCUUGUAUAUUCAUUGUUAUACAGGCAUUAAAAGACAACUCUCAUAAUAAAGGUACAACUGUUCAUUCAGAUGUUGGAAUACAAAAGUUUUCCUCUGCCUUUGGAACAAUGGUUUUUGCUGUCAGCGGCCAUUCCGUAUUUCCAACAAUUAUAACAGAUAUGAAGAAAAAGGAAGAUUUCAAAAUCGCAGCCAUACUUGGAUAUGGAAUUGUUCUCAUGAUGUACAUACCAACCGCAAUGUCUGGAUACUUUGUUUAUGGGAGUAAUGUUGAUGUCAACAUAAUCAAAAGUAUAUCUGCCGGUCCUAUCGCGUAUGUAGUAGAGAUAUUGGUCACAUUGCAUCUGCUCUUGGGAUUUAUCAUCUAUAUGAAUCCAGUGUGUCAACAGUUUGAGGCUAAACUAGGUGUUCCUAAAGAAUAUUAA